AAUUCAUUUCACUCUCACUAUUAAUCUGCUCUAAUUAACCUCAUUUUCUCCUGUUUUUAUUGUUUUUUGCAGGUGAUCUUCUACCGACCGGAGUCAAAUCUCAUUACCCACAAAAAAAGAAAAAAAAUUAAUCUGUCUCUCUACCGUGUAAAUCUUUUUAUAUAAGUAUUUUGAUUCUCAGCCCUACACCAACAUUCUCACUCUUAUUGACCAACACACAACAAAAAUGCCAACUCACCCCUUUACCUCUGUCUUCUUCUUCCUCGUGCUUCUCUGCGUCUCAUUCUUGCUUACUGUAAGUUCCGCCGCCGGCAGAGGUUUACUAGCCGCCGAUAGCCCACUCACACCAAAAGCAUCACUUAUCCGCUACUGGAACAAAGAGAUCCACACCAAUUUACCAAAAUCGCCCCUCAUUUUAUCAAAAGCUUCUCCUUUAAAUGCCAUAGACGCCGCCGUUUUCACCAAACUGGCAGCGCAAAACGCACUCUCCACCCAACUCCCCGCCUUCUGCUCCUCCGCAAAACUCUUCUGCUUCCCUGAUUUAGCCGCCAGUCUUGAAAAAUACGAUAAAGACACCACCUUUGCUGGCUACUCCGAUAAAAACUUCACCAAUUACGGCUCUGGCUUAGCCGGCGGAUUCAACACUUUCAAGAACUACUCCGAUAACGAAAAUCUCCCGGUCAAUUCCUUUCGCCGCUACGGCCGUGAUGGCACUGGUCGUGAUGAAAAGUUUUCCAGUUAUGCCCCCAAUGGAAAUGUAAUUGACCAAAGCUUUAACACUUACGGCACCGGAGCCACCGGUGGUACUGGUGAGUUCAAGAAUUACGCUGAGCAAGUGAAUGUGCCAAAUCUACGGUUCACUUCUUAUUCCGAUAGCUCCAAUGCAAAACACCAGUCUUUUUCCAGCUACAGCGGCGAUACAAAUUCCGGGGAUGAAAGAUUCAGUAGCUACGGGAAGAAUGGAAAUGGGGUGCCUAAUAUUUUCAAAGGGUACGGAGAGAAUUCAAAUGUGAUGGGCUCUGAUUUCAGUAAUUACGGAGAGAAUGCUAAUGGGGAGUUGGAUAAUUUCACUUCUUACGGAUUCAACGGCAAUGUUCCUCAAAAUAAUUUUAACAAUUACGGUGAACAAGGAAAUGUCGGUGUGUCCAGUUUCGAUUCUUACAGAGACCAAUCUAAUGUCGGAGAUGACUCGUUUCAGUCUUAUGCUAAAGACUCAAAUGCAGGCAAGGUUAAUUUCAAGAAUUACGGCAAAUCUUUCAACGAAGGUACUGAUACAUUCAAAGGGUACGGUGGUAAAGCUGCAACUGGACAAGAAAUUGGAUUCAAGAUCUAUGGAGUUAACAACACUUUCAAAGAGUACUCCAAAAAGGGUGUCUCUUUUGCUAAAUACACCAAUUUAACUUCAACUCCAUCUGCAGAAGCGACUACAAUGAAAGCCAGUGGCAGUUCCGUAAAUAAGUGGGUUGAGCCGGGCAAAUUCUUCCGUGAAUCAAAUCUUAAGAAGGGGACCGUCAUGCCGAUGCCUGACAUUAAAGAUAAAAUGCCUCAAAGGUCGUUUUUACCCCGGUCUAUUACGUCAAAAUUACCAUUCUCUACCUCUAAUAUUGCUCAACUCAAACAAACUUUUCACGCCUUGGAUAACUCUACAAUGGAGAAAAUAAUCUCCGACGCUCUACACGAAUGCGAGAGAGCCUCUAGCCCCGGUGAGACCAAGCGCUGUGUUUCCUCCGGAGAGGAUAUGAUUGACUUCGCCACCUCAGUCUUGGGCCGCAAUGUGGCGGCGCGUACGACUGAAAAUGUAAACGGCUCGAAGAAGAAGAUUCUGAUCGGGUCAGUGAAAGGAAUCAACGGUGGAAAAGUUACAAAAUCAGUAUCUUGUCAUCAGAGUUUGUAUCCUUACCUUCUUUACUAUUGUCAUUCGGUUCCUAAAGUUCGGGUUUACGAAGCGGAUAUUUUGGAUCCGACUAGUAAGGCUAAGAUCAACCACGGUGUUGCCAUUUGUCAUUUGGAUACUUCCUCUUGGAGCCCCACCCAUGGAGCUUUUGCAGCUUUGGGUUCGGCUCCGGGUGGGGUUGAAGUUUGCCACUGGAUCUUUGAGAAUGAUCUGACUUGGACUAUAGCAGAUUAAGAAGCUAAUCUCUUUAUAAGUUAAAAGUUGGGUUUUUGGUUGUGUGAUUUUUUUUUGUAUUGUAUGAUUUUGAGGUCAAACCACUAUCUGAAAAAAGAUUAGCUAGUGGCUGGACCCAAAGAUGGGUUAAAUUGGCCUAUAAUAUAUAGAUUGUGGGUUUAUUUCUAGUUUACUACUACAAGAUAGGAUUAUGUUUGGUUUGGGAAAAUAAAGCUUAUUAUUAUUGUUAAUUAUAUAUAUAUAUAUCUCAUCAAUAAAAAAAAUCAUUUCUCAUGAUGAGUUUUAA